AUGGCCCCACAAGAAAUGACAUAUGAGCUCAGCCUCAAUCAAGUGUUUAACUCACAAAAAGGAAACUACGCGAAAACGGGGCGGCGUAAAUACGACGACGUGUAUGUUGUAUCAACUGAUCGGUGCUUCCAAUGGUGGUAGCUCUUUCACUGUCGCAGUACUAGUUGCUCUCUUGCAGUAGAUGACAAUGCUUCUACUUCAGUACGCGGAUUGUAAGAAAUGAAAAAUGAAGUGGUACAUAGCAGCUCUCCUCACCGUCCUCACCAGUUCUCAGGGGAUAUUAACAACUCUAUCGCAAAGCAAUGGCAAAUAUAAAUAUGAUUACGCCACCGUUCCUUUCUUUGCAGAGGUUUUUAAGCUUAUUGUAUCGAGUGUUUUUCUAUGGAGAGAGUGUAAGAAACUGCCUCCUCCAAAAAUUACAACGGAUUGGAAAACUGUUCGAUUGUUCCCCAUUCCGUCUGUCAUUUACUUAAUACAUAAUAAUGUCCAGUUUGCUACUCUUAUGUAUGUCGAUAUUUCGACGUAUCAGAUUAUGGGCAAUUUGAAGAUUGUCACUACUGGAAUUCUAUUCAGGUUAUUUCUUAAGAAGAAGCUAUCUAAUCUGCAGUGGAUGGCGAUCAUUCUAUUGGCGGUUGGAACAACCACGAGCCAGGUCAAAGGUUGUGGAGAGGCUUCAUGUGAUUCCCUCUUCUCAGCACCAAUUCAAGGAUACAUGUUAGGAAUUUUAUCUGCUUGUCUUUCCGCAUUGGCUGGCGUGUAUACGGAGUUCUUGAUGAAGCAAAACAAUGAUAGCUUAUUCUGGCAGAAUGUACAGUUGUACACGUUUGGUGCAAUUUUCAACAUGGCACGGCUUGUAGUUGAUGAUUUUAGAGCUGGAUUUGAGAAAGGACCUUGGUGGCAACGGCUGUUUAAUGGGUACAGCAUCACCACUUGGAUGGUUGUGUUAAAUCUAGGCUCUACUGGGCUUUUGGUUUCAUGGUUAAUGAAAUAUGCUGACAAUAUAGUCAAGGUAUAUUCCACAUCGAUGGCCAUGCUAUUGACAAUGGUUCUUGCUGUGUUCCUCUUCGGUUUCAAGCCAACACUUCAGCUUUUCUUGGGAAUCAUUAUUUGCAUGAUGUCUCUACAUAUGUAUUUUGCUCCUCCAAGUAUGUUUGUAGGCCUGUCUCCAACAGUUAGAUCAGAUCCAGAGAGCCUUGUCAUUGUUUCAGAUGACCAUAAAGCAGAGUCAUGAAUCAACAUCUUUUCUGAAGUAUGUAAUUCUUUUGCAAUUCUCCUAUUAAAGGAAAUUAAAUUUAUUAAAAGUUUCACCGCCUACCAAUUGAAAUUCAUCAAUUAGGUAUUUAGUUAGAAUUUUUAUUUUUUACAGCUGAACAUAGGACAUGAAAACAAGGUAACGUGGUCAUGUUUGAUUACUUGGAAUGGUCAUUUUCUCAUUUGAGUUAUGAGAAAAAACCUUGUUUCCUACAUAUUCAUACAAAUGAAGGUUAAUUCCCUUUGUUUUAUGGAGUUGUCUUCUGUUUCUUGAUGAGACGUUAACAGAUAGUUGGAAAGAGAACUAUGCAUUAUUGCAAUGGAUUAAUGAAAGCGAGCAGUACUCAAAGCAACUGUUUCUUGACUGAGUCUGGCUUAUAUUGUUUUGCUAUUAUAGAUAUCGAUAACUAUGGUACAAAUCAAACCAUCAUAAGUGGCUGAUGUUUUUCCUUUGCAAGAUUUUAGCUGCAGCUUUGUUAACAAUGCAGUGACCACAGACAGCUACAAUGAAUUGCUUAAAGGUUAUUCUGUUGGAUUGGUGGGACAAA